AGUCCCAGUCUUGUGGAUAGUCAAUUGCAAGGGAUGCAAGGCAUUUUUUAAUAGUNCUGAGCCGAAACGACACAGAUUUCAAAAGGAUCGAAAGGCUGAUGCAGAAAACAAUCCAAAAUCACGGAGAUGGUUUUCAUUUUUACAAAUACAACAUUGAAAAAAUUGAACGGAUCAAGAACGAUGCCUUGAUGAAGAAAUACAAUAAAAAGAUGAAAGAAUUCCUUAAAAAUAAAUCACGUAUGGUGAACGAAAAAGAGCUAUUUCACGGUUCCCCAAACGCUGAUGAUAUCGUCCAUGAAGGCUUCGAUGAGAAACAGUCAACGGAUGGCAUGUAUGGACGUGGGAUCUACUUUGCUGAGGAUUCCUCAAAAAGCAACAAGUACGUGUUUCCUCGUGAUUGGUCAUGUCUGAAACAUGGUAGCAUAAAAAUUCAGCGUCGACGUUGCUACGAAUGCAAAAGAAAAAUGCUACUUUGCAAGGUGAUGCUAGGGAAGUCCAAAAAUAUGACCAAGAAAUUGAGAAAAGAUGAUGUUUUGGCUGGAUAUGACUCCGUAACAGGACGAGCUGCCAAAGACGGUCUCAACUACGAGGAAUAUGUUGUCUACCGUGGCGAACAGGCAUAUCCGGAGUACGUGAUCACCUAUACGAUCGUGAAACCCGAUUGAAGCAAUGAAGAGUAACGGGAGUGUCUCUCAGCCAUAUGCAAUAAAACUUUUUCAAAGGAGGCAUUGGUGGUUUUGAAUGGCAUGAAUCCUUCACAAGAACACUCGAAGCAGACAUUCCAUCAGUUCAUUUUCCAC